AUGGCGAAUGGCGACGACGACGCAAGCAGGGAUUCAGCACCCGAUCUGAAGAUCCUCGGUGACCGGAUCACCCUCCAUCCCUCUGGCUAUAUCGAGCCGCCUGUGUCCACAACUCCGUCUGGCGCAGCUGCAGCAGCUGCAGCGCAGGAGGAGGAGGCCCUGAUGAAAUACACUGCGCACUUCCGCUCUGAACCCCUCCAGUUCUUGCGUGAGGUCUCUCUCUAUGUCUCGGGUACUGGAUGGCGUGCAUACGACCAUGUCAUAGGCCAGCCCAUCUUCUACUCGGGCUUCAGCGAGAAUAUGAAGAACGCGAUCUUGUCGGCGCCGCUGCUGAAUGCCCGCAUAGCACGGUUGGCAGACAGGCGGCUUGCCGUGGAGGAGGCACAGGGCAUGUUAGGCGACAAGAACAAGAGCAGGAACGGCAAGGACUAUGUCGUGCGGAAGGCACAGCGCCGGACUGCUUUGGAGCAAGGGCUGAGGGAGAUCGCUGAGAAGUGGACAGACCACAUGAUUUGCAAGUUCGAAAGCAAGACCUUCAUCAGGGGCGCGUACUACCUCACCACCCAGCUCUUGACCAGGGCCUAUCACCAGGGCAUACAUGUCUCGAGCGAGGAGGUGCUGAUGCUGCGGAGGGUCGCCCAGCAGGCCGCCGCCAAGAAGCAGAGCAUUGUAUUUCUGCCCUGCCAUCGCUCUCACGUCGACUAUGUCUCUAUGCAGCUGAUUUGUUACCGCCUGGGCAUUGCGCUGCCCGUCGUUGUCGCCGGCGACAACCUAAACUUCCCGCUCGUGGGCAGCUUUUUGCAGCAUGCAGGUGCCUUUUAUAUUCGGAGAUCCUUUGGCGAUGAUGCGCUGUAUACAACGCUCGUGCAGACCUAUAUCGAUACGUUAUUGCAGGGAGGCUUCAAUUUUGAGUGCUUCAUCGAGGGCGGGAGAUCACGCACGGGCAAGCUGCUGCCGCCGAAAUUCGGCAUUCUGAGCUUCAUCAUCGACAGCCUCCUGUCUGGCCGCGUCGAGGACACCAUUAUAUGUCCUGUGAGCACCCAAUACGACAAGGUCAUCGAGACGGAGGGGUACGUGACCGAGCUCCUGGGCGUCCCCAAGAAGAAGGAAAACCUGGCCGACUUCCUCUCGGGCGGCUCGUCCGUUCUCUCCCUCCGGCUAGGCAGGGUCGAUGUCCGCUUCCACGAACCAUGGAGUCUCCGCGGCUUCAUCAACGAGCAGCUGACCCGUCUCGGAAAACCUCCCUCGACGAAAAGCACAGCUGGUACGAGCGGCGAGACAGAUCCCAUGAUUCGGCAGAAACUCCUCCGCACGCUGGGCUACAAGGUCUUGGCCGACAUUAACGAUGUCUCCGUGGUCAUGCCCACCGCGCUGAUCGGCACGGUUCUGCUCACGCUGCGAGGGCGUGGCGUCGGCAAGGCAGAGCUGAUCCGCCGCGUGGAGUGGCUCAUUGAGCGGGUGCGCGCAAAGGGCGGGCGGGUCGCGCAUUUUGGCAACGCGCCGCUGUCGGUCGUCAUCGAGCGCGGCCUGGAGGUCCUGGGCAAGGACCUGGUGGGCGUGGUCGAGGGCCUCGCAGAGCCUACGUACUACGCCGUCGACCGCUUCCAGCUCUCCUUCUACAGGAACAUGACCAUCCACCUGUUCAUCAGCGAGGCGCUGGUCAGCGCAGGCAUGUACACGCGCGUCAAGCAGGGCGGCGGGCCCGCGAUCCAGGACAUCUCGAUCGGAGACCUGCGCGACCAGGUGCUGUUCCUGUCUUCCCUGUUCAGGGGCGAGUUCAUCUUCUCUGGGGAAGGGUUGGCGGUGAAUUUGAACAGGACGCUCGCAGGGCUGGAGGCAGACCAGGUGAUCACGCUGACGAGAGAUGAGAAGGGGAACAUCACGACUAUUGGGCUGUCGGAUCGAGAGAGACAGGUCGGUCGGGAGAACUUUGACUUUUACUGUUUCCUGAUAUGGCCUUUUAUAGAAUCCAGCUGGCUGGCAGCUGUCUCGCUGAUGGGCCUGACGCCUCCGCCGGGACUGCAGAAUGAGGUCUGGAUCGAGGUGUCCAAGGCUCACAACAGCGCGCAGCUACUCGGCAAAACCCUCUACCACCAAGGCGACCUCUCCUACUUCGAGGCCGUCAACAAGGAAACCCUCAAGAACUCGUACCAGCGCUUCGAGGAAGAGGGCAUCAUCGACGUGGUCCGGUCCAAAGAUACCAAAAUACCCCCGCGCCUCCGCCUCUCGCCCGAGUGGCAGCCGGCCCGCGACCCGCAGACAGGCAGCCUCGACGCCCUCGGCAGCAGGCUGUGGCUCUUCACAGAGAAGAUUGCCAGCAGCCGCCGCGAGGGCAAGAACCGGCGCAACGGGGCGACGGUGAGCACGCGCGUGGUGCGGCUGACGGAUGUGCUCGGCAGACGGCUGUUUGAGCAGGCCGUCACCGGGGACGGGAAGGGGAAGAAGAGUAAAGGGAAAGGGAAGGCGGGGGAGGGCGCGAGCUAUCCGACGCUCAGCAGCGAGGAUGCGACGGCGCUUCGGAGGAGCGUUAAGGAGGGGAAGAGGAGGCGGAGCUUGGAGAAGAGGGCUAAGCUGUGA